UCUUAACUAACUUACUUGCAGUGAGAUUUAAAAAUGCUAUCCUUCAUGUCCAUAUUUACAUGAAACGAAUGUAUGAAACUCAAUUCCAAUUAGGGAUGUAAGACGUGCAGCUGUGACCGACGCACGAAAGUUACGCUACUACACCAAACGGUCUGUUUCCAACCAGCUAAGUGCUUCCAAAUUAUGCAACUUUAGAUCAUUUCUCGAUUUUAAUUAAGUCCCUAAUCUCGAUUUUAAUGCUUAACAAAAGCUAGAUUUGCAGGAUGUUUUGAGUGUACUCUUUCACAGCAGGCCUAGAUCAAACACCAUUGUAAUGGCGUGAUUUUCAUUAGCGAUGAGUUACGAUCCGUAGUGCAGUUUUCUCGUUUGCCGUUCUCCCCAAACUUAAUUUUUGCAACAAAAUCAUCAAGUCAUUAUAAUAAAUUUUUUGCGUCAAGUUCUGAUUUUACAGGAGAAUAGCCGCGCUUUAAAUCAGUUUGCAAACACUCCUCUUUGUUAUGCUAUGGAUUCAUACUGCGAAUAUUAAUUGCAUGCAUAUUGCAUAUACAUGCAAUGUAACUGAAAUUGCUGUUUUAGGAUCGGCAGUGUAGCGUAAAAAAAAGUUUGGGUACCAUUCGGUCUCAGAUGUCUUGCUUUUUAUAACAAACCAGAAUACAUCGUAAUAUGUUUUCUUAUAUUGCCGGCAUUUCUAAUAAUAUGAAUAAAGACGCUGAACAGUCACUGCGGAGCUGAAUGGGGCGUGACUCCGUGGUUACCCAUGUCUUGAGGGUCUGCCGAAGCAGACGCGUCUCGAUCUGUCGCCAGUGUGCGCCCCGCCUGCGUCCCUGGAGAGCUCGCAGAACGCGGAGCCGAGGUGCCUGUCCCCCAGCGUCCAUCGCCCGUACCCGGCAGAAGUGGACAGGGAUGAGGGGAAAGAAAGAGCCCGAACGCUGAAAAACAACGUUUAUUCCCCACGGCGCAAGAUACAAUACACUUACAUUCCCCCUCCAACACCUCGCCAUGGACCCAAUUCAAGGCUUCGCACGCAGGCGGGGAGGAAUCGCUGACCUCCUCACUUGCUACUGACUUUCCACUCUCUCUCGCACCGCCCACCGAAACCACAAUGCCGGGCCUCCGGAACUGUUCCACCUGGGAGCCACUGCUGCUCAAGGCGUCCUGCAUCAAGUCAUGUGCCAUCGGCUGCUCACUGGGCAUCACCACCCGGCUCACCUACGCCAACACGGAGAUGGAAUCGGUGGAAGGUGUGUUUGUGUACCCCCUGGGGGAGAAGGAGGUGGUGGUGGGGUUCGAGGCAGCCGUGGCCAGUCGUGCAGUGGGUGUGCAGAUCCAGAGCCGCACCAAGCUGGAAGAGUGCUGCCUGGACUGCUGUCCCAGCAGCCAUCUGGAUGCACAGUCUGGGAGCGGCAAGGACUGUGGGUGCUGCGGCACCUUUGGUCGGGACAUGCAGUGCACCAAUGGGCAUCUCGUCCUGGACGAGGAUCUGGAGAGGACCACAUUCAUUGUCAGUACCGGAGUCAUCGGCCCGCUGGACCUGGUGACAGUCAUCUUAAGUACAACCAUGGAGCUGCCCACACUCGAGAGUGGUGCAAUUCACAUGGUGUAUCCUUUGGUGCUGAGCCCUGUUGUCAGAGGAAAAAGGGUUCCAAACAUGAGUGAGCACAGCGAGCGGUGGGAUGAACAUGGACCUACCAGCUGCUUUGGGGGUGCCUCAGGGAAACAGGACCGCCCCCCAGGCUCUCAUCAGCGGUGUGCCCAUGCCAUCUUCACUAGCACCGCCACCAACUACCUGCCCUACGAGUUCAGUUUCCAGCUGCUUGUGCGGGGGGCUUGCCUCCUCGCAGGCCUGGAGAGCCCCACCCACGCCCUGCGGGCCGACGCAGACCCCAGUGCCCAGUCGGCCUCUGCUACCUACAUCACCCUGGCAGAGGAGCACCCCUACGACCGGCAUGUGGAGAUCAUACUGCACUUGAGCGAACCACACUGUCCCCAGGUCAUCUUGGAGAGGGGCCGUCUCACCUUCCAGGAGUAUGAACAGCAGAUCUGCACCCGUCGUGAUUUCAUUCGAAAUGCCAGGAGGGAGGCGGAGCCUGAAAAGAAGCUGGAGUUUGUGAGGAAGAGAUUCCACAAGGACAUCUUGUCCAACCCAGUUCUGAUGCUUAACUUCUGCCCCGACCUGCUGAACGAGCCAAUGGAGCUGCACCGGGCCACCCGUGAGAUAUUCUUCCUUCUGGACCGCAACAGUAGCAUGAGUGGACCGAACAUGGAACGGCUCAAGGAAGGUAUGGUGGUAGCCAUAAAGAGCUUGCCACCAGGCACGUUGUUGAACGUAGUAGGAUUCGGCUCCUCGAUCAAGACCCUGUUCCUCACCAGCAAGCUGUGCACCAAUGAGACAGUGACAGCAGCUUACGAAUAUACCCAGAAGAUGAAUGCUGACCUAGGGGGCACCAAUCUGGUGGGGGCACUGUCCUGGGUGUACCAGCAGCCGGGACGCCGUGGCUAUCCUCGGCAAGUGUUUCUCAUCACAGACGGCAUGGUCAGAAACGUGGGACGCGUGCUGGAGCUGGUGCGGAGGAACGCUGGCUCAGCCAGGUGCUUUGGCCUUGGACUGGGGCCCUCGGCUUGCCGGCGGCUGUUGCAGGGGGUUGCCAAGGUUACAGGUGGAAAUGCCGAGUUCCUUGGCACGGAAGAGAGGAUGCAGCCUAAGUUGAUUAGACUGCUGAAGAAAGCUUUUGAGCCCGCGGUCACUGAUGUCCAUAUCGACUGGUACGUGCCCGACAACAUGGAGGCUCUUCUCUCGCCCAGUGAAAUUCCUCCACUCUACCCAGGGAACUGCCUGAUGGGAUACUGUACCCUCUACGACAUGUCUGGCUUCCAAACCAAGAAGAACGAUGUGAGUGGUCGUGUCUCCAAGGGCCAAUCACGUGGCUCCAUGUCAGGGCACUCACAGGAUGAACUGUGCCCCCCCCAUUCCAUGGAGCUGUUCGAGCUACAGGCCGCAUCCUCGGAGCAUGGAGACAUUGAAGAGGCUCUCCGAGAGAUCUCCCGGGAGAUCUCAUCCGAGUUCUCCUGUGCCCGGCCCCUGGAUGCCACUGCUGGGAAUGGUAUGGAGUCCGAUUCGUCCAACGAUGUGCGCAGACGGAUCGCGCGGUCCUCAUAUGUGCAGGACCAGUACACGCUGACCCACUGCUCCGUCAGCAGCGACCGGGGCCCUCUCCACAGCUCCUCCCCCUCAGACUCUACAGUACCCCAUCAUGACACCGGCUCUCUACCUCACGGCCUAGAGAGGAUGCCCCCCCUAGAGCCCAGGGCCCUGUCUCGCUGGGAGUCACCAUGGAUUCACGCCAGCUCCUCGGAUGGCACGGGUGCUGGGACCGGAAUGGAGGAGUGCCAGCGUAGACGGAUGGCGCUGGCCCGGUCUGCUUUGUCGGGUCGCAGCUUCUCUUCUCCUCAGGGCGAACUGGACCUCUACCGCCUGCGGCGCGCUCUCGAGAAGGUCUCCUUUCACCAGACCCUGGGCGGCCGGCUGGAUGAGGGGAAUGGCAGGGUGCUGCCCCACCAGCGGGAGGCUCUGUCCCAUAGGAGCCUCACUGAUUCCAACAGCCUGGUGUUCCCUGCCUCCCCCAUGGACUGGGACAACUUCACGGACCCCGAGUGCCUGUUUGCCGCCGCUUCACCUGAGGAACCUGUAGAGCCCCCCACCCAGUGUCGCUCUGUCAUCCAUGGUCUCCUGGGGGACAAGCCCGUAUCCUGGGAGGUUGUUGUUGAUCUCUCCCCCCUGUGGAGGCCUAAGGACGCGGGUCCAAUGGCUGGUGACUGGAAGGAAAUCAUGCAUCAGCUGACUGCACGGUCGGUCAUCAGGGACUUUGAGAACAUGGCGGAGAGGGAGCCUGAGGAGGAGCAUGGUCCAGCAAAGAGGUACCGCAUGAAAGCCAUCCAGACGAGCAAGGCCUGCAACACCACCUGCAUGUACACAAGCUUUGUUGCUGUUGACACCAAUACCAAGGAGGGCCCCGUCGGCACUGUAGAAGUGCGCAACAGGGGGUCACGGUCUACCACGCGGCAGAGACCCAGGGCUUACUCCAUGGGCCUGGACCACAGACCCUCUACCAGGGACUCUGAAGAGUUCGAGGACACCUCUAUGUGCACAGACAGGGACGACACACCUGCCUCCCCCUGCAGCCUGACAUCCUGGGACAGCAGUACCGGGGGCACCUGGAACCCCGCCAGCCCCUCGGCUGUGUCCACACGCUCCCAGCGCUCGAUGGAGAGCUGGUCCGUUGAGAGCUUCUUCGGGUCCAGGUUCACCUUGGGUCGGCUCCGGACGACCGAAUCGAUGAGCAAACAGAUGCAGAGCAAGCCCCACUGCCUGUCUGCGGGAACGGAGAACCAGCCGGAUUCGGACAACAGGGAUUACAUGUCGCUGAUUUGGCUGCAGCUAGCUUCCGGGGCCUUCCUACUGACGGAGCAGUACUCCGAGCGUGUCCAGAUCCCCCUGGAUCGCUUGAAGAGAGCCUCGCCUUACACCUGCCACCGAAGCAGCCUGAGACCCCUGUCCCGCUGCUCAUUCCCCACCACCAGCUCCAAGCCCCUCCGGGGCCUCAGCCAUGCAGUCAGUGCCGACGCAAGCAUUCCAGCUCCGCGACCGAGGGCCAGGCGCUACCGCAGCAGUGAGCCCACAACCCUGACCCUGGAAGAGGCUUCCCCAGACCCAUUUGGAGGUGUGAUGCAGGCAGACAGUGGAAGGGGCUCGGAGACGGAUGUAUGUGAGGGGUUGUCGCUGGAGCCCCCGGACCAGUCUGACGACCAGCUGGCCCAGCAGGACCUAGAGGGCUCAAGCUGGGCCACAGCUGUGGCCCUGGCCUGGCUGGAGCACCGCUGCGCCGGCUUCUUUGUGGAGUGGGAACUGGUGGCCGCAAAAGCAGACUUCUGGCUGAGGAGUCAGCGGCUGCCCGAGGGUGUGGACCUGGCUGGCCUGAAGGGGGCAGCGCGCCAGCUCUUCCUGCUUAUCCGCCACUGGGACGAGAAUAUAAAACUGAACAUGCUGUGCUACAACCCCAACAACAUGUGAAAAACCACAUGUAAAGCCUGUGAGAUUCGUUUUCAAAUUCACCCCCAGCGAAUGACAAUUUAAAAAAUUAAAUUCCUUAUUUUUCAAGCAGGUUAAAACCUGUAAAACCUAGUUUUAUCCAGUUGGUAAUAUGCAAUCUCAGGUCAUUCAACUGA